AAUGAUGCGGUUCUGGUGAAAUGUCUUUAGUUUCAUGCGGGCCUCCUCCUCCUCUUGCUUGUCGGAUAACCUAAAACACAUGUUCAGUCAGAACAGAGGAUAAAUGCUGCGGUGUCAAAGCGGAUCUUGUGCGUAAAAUGAUGCAACCUGUGUGUUUUAUACAUUACUUAUUUUUAUAUUGGACGAUAAAAACUUUUUAACAAAAAUAUGUUUCAAAAUGUGUAAAUGUUUUCAUUUAUUUUACUCAAAUAAACAGAAUUUAUAAUAAAAGUCUAUCUUAAAAAUUUUAUUAAAGAAAUUGUACCUUCUUAAAAUUGAGCCAAAAAUGUAUAAUUAUUUUUACGAAAAUCCAGACGUUUUUUCUUUUUCUUUUUUUGUAUUGGCAAUGUUAUGAUUUUUUUUAAUUCAAUUUGAUAAAUUUCAAGCAAUUAAAAAUGGUCUUCUUUAUAUAAUUUUAUAAUUUUAUGAUAUCCUUGAUGGUGUUAUAUGGAUAAAUUAAACAAUUUUUGGAGACUACAUGAUUAUAAAAGAUUGCUGGAAAACUAUAAAAUGAAACUUUAAAAAAGUAAUGUGUGACAGAAAAGGAGGAAGAUGAUUUUUAUUCAUGCAAAUAAUCACAGUUUUCCGUCUCUUGUCAGGUCUAAAGGGAUCUGUCUAAUCUGAACGUUUUGCUCACCUGCGCGCGUAAACUCAUUAGCUGACCGCCUGUCCCCUCGUCAAAGAAACUGAUUCCUACAUGUUUUCAGUCAAGUUGGAGAGGUGCGCUCUGAGAAUAAUAAUAAUAAAAAAAAGAAUUUAAAAAUAAGAGGGAGAGUGAAGCUUCUCCUGGAGGAAAGGUCGCCCUUAACUUUGCAGUUCCUGCGUCGCUUGGUGCGUAUUCGGCUUUUUACGCACUCAAAGCGGGCAGAAACAAUUAUCCAGCCGGUCUCCACUUUUAUGUCACAUCUCUCUGCCUCCCUCUCUUUCUCUCUCUCUCUCCUGCAUCUUCUCUUGUCUGGGGGAGGAGGAGGGGGAGGAGGGGAGGAGGAGGAGGAGGAGGAGAGGGGAGUCCUGCCUCUUUGCCUUCCUCAGAUCAAUGCCCUGGCCACUCACUUUCUGAUGUUGCACGACGGGAAAUGCUUUGAAUACUUGCGACAUGGCUGCGCGCAUUGAUUGCCGAGAUUGACAGCCGCUCCACUCCUAUAGUCUCCUCUUAUCUGAGAGAAGAACAUAUAGAGCAGACAGGCGAACAACAAAAGAUACUUGUAGUUUUUGGACAACUGAACUUCACGGAGAGUCUACGGGAUCCCCCUCAUACAUGGCCCCGAGUGAGCUGAGUCAAGUUUUCGCUCAACAGAUAGCUCAGGGAUUUUAGCUUUUUGUUUUUUUCCUUUCUUUCUGAGAAGUUUUAGUUAAGUUUUGAGUUGUUUGCGCACAGGUGGGGGGAGUGGACGGAUUCUUCACGACUCACAUCAUCAAGGUUAUUUUCAUGACUUCAAAACCAUCCAGCCUGUGAUCACUGGAAGCUGGGGAUCGGGUCUUUCAGUUUUUAACCCCACGCGCUGACAUGGAGGGCUUUCUUCGUAGCAGCUUUUUACUGAGCAGAGUCAUGUCUUCUAAGCAGGCCACGUCUCCUUUUGCCUCUGUGGUUGAUGGUGAUGAUGCCAUGAGUCAGGAGCACUUGACCUGGGAGAAAGAGGAGAGUUCAGAGGCCCACGGCACACCGCAGCUCCCCCUGCACAGCCUGCUUCAUGGAAAGGCCCCAGAUGAAAUGCAGCCUCUGAGCAGUGUACCAACAGAGAGCGACUGGGACAGCCUGAUGUCAGCACAGCAGCGCAUGGAGUCUGACAGCAACAAAGUAUGCUCCUUGUACUCCUUUCGGAACAAUUCCACCUCUCCACACAAGCCUGAGGAGGGGGCCCGGGAGCGAAGUGACUUGCUGAGCGGAUCGGCGUUUGGAACUCCUGAGCGCCGCAAAGGAAGUCUGGCAGACGUGGUGGACACACUGAAGCAGAAGAAACUGGAGGAGAUGACAAAGACAGAGCAAGACGAAACCUCCUGCAUGGAGAAACUUCUUUCUAAAGACUGGAAAGAGAAGAUGGAAAGGCUAAGCACCAGUGAGCUUUUGGGAGAAGUAAAAGGAACUCCAGAGAGCCUGGCAGAAAAGGAACAUCAGCUUUCUACAAUGAUCAGCCAGCUGAUCAGCCUGCGAGAGCAGCUUCUGGCUGCCCACGACGAGCAGAAGAAGCUGGCCGCCUCGCAGAUGGAGAAGCAGAGGCAGCAAAUGGAGCUAGCCCGUCAGCAACAGGAGCAGAUUGCAAGACAACAGCAGCAGCUCCUGCAGCAGCAGCAUAAAAUCAACCUUCUCCAGCAGCAGAUCCAGCAGGUCCAGGGUCACAUGCCGCCGUUGAUGAUCCCCAUUUUUCCACACGACCAACGCACUCUAGCAGCAGCAGCUGCCGCCCAGCAAGGCUUUCUCUUCCCUCCAGGAAUGUCUUAUAAACCAGGUGAUAACUACCCGGUGCAGUUCAUUCCAUCCACAAUGGCAGCUGCAGCAGCGUCAGGACUCAGCCCCCUCCAGCUUCAGCAACUGUAUGCCGCCCACUUUGCCAGCAUGCAGGUCUCUCCUGGUGCCAAGAUGCCGCCACUCCCCCAGCCCCUCGGUGCCAGUGGGCCCAUCUCUCCUUCUUCUUUGAAGAAUGACAAGAGUUCCUCCAGCCCCAUUGCUCAAGUCAAGGAGGAGGGAACACAGCCCCUCAACCUGUCUGCUCGCCCCAAAACAGCAGAAAUGGUCAAAUCCCCUUCGUCUCCAACGCAAAAUCUCUUCCCGGGCAGUAAAAGCAGCCCGAACACUCUCCUCGGGAAGAGUGGCAUCCCCAGCCCACUCGGAGGCUUGGGCAGGGGGUCUUCUCUUGACAUUCUGUCCAGCCUAAACUCCACGGCAUUGUUCGGAGACCAGGACACAGUGAUGAAAGCCAUCCAGGAAGCUCGGAAAAUGAGAGAGCAGAUCCAAAGGGAGCAGCUGCAACAUCACCAGCAGGGCAUGGAGGCGAAGCUGUCCUCCCUCGGUUCAGUAGGCCUCAAUAACUGCAGAGUCGACAAGGACAGGGGACACUUUGAAAGCCUCGGGCAGCACCUCAGUAAACUGGGAGAGGAAGGAAAGAUUGGCCACAGGGUUAUCGAUCUCACCAGACCAGAGGAUCUAGACGGAGGCCCUGGAUCUGCUGAGGCGCGGGUCUUCAGGGAGUCGCGCGGACGGAACAGCAAUGAGCCCCACAUUAAACGGCCCAUGAACGCCUUCAUGGUUUGGGCCAAGGAUGAGCGGCGCAAGAUCCUCCAGGCUUUCCCCGACAUGCACAACUCCAAUAUAAGCAAAAUCUUGGGGUCUCGGUGGAAGUCCAUGUCUAACCAGGACAAGCAGCCAUACUACGAAGAGCAGGCUCGCCUGAGCAAGCUCCAUCUAGAGAAGUACCCAAACUACAAGUACAAGCCCAGGCCUAAGAGGACCUGCAUUAUUGACGGAAAAAAACUUCGCAUCGGAGAGUAUAAGCAGAUGAUGCGCUCUCGGCGGCAAGAGAUGAGACAGUUCUUCACUGUGGGGCAGCCACCACAAAUUCCCAUCACCACCAGCGCCAGUAUGGUCUACCCAGGGGCAAUCACCAUGGCGACCACCACACCCUCACCUCAGAUGACGUCGGAGUGCUCCAGCGCCUCAGCGAGUCCUGAGCCCUCCAUUCCCGUCAUCCAAAGCACCUACAACAUGAAGCUAGAGCCCAGCGCCAUGGCGAACAACAGCGAGCCGGUCAACGGGGAGGACGAGAUGGACAUGUACGAAGAUUUCGAGGACGAGCCCAAAUCAGACUAUAGCAGUGAAAACGACACACAAGAGCCAGUCAGCGCCAACUGA